UCGUCAUAAGAAGAAGCAGCACUUAUUAUGUUGACGUAGGAAAUUAAAAAUUUUAUGCUUGUAUCAAAACAAACUGUCUGCAAACGUCUAACGAAAAUAUGACCUACAUUUAGCCAAAUCAACGGAUUAACAGAUUCAAGUUUCAAUCGAUAUUUUUUACAAAUACGAAACGAGCGGCAGAAUAACUCAACUCCUAUCGAACAAGAUGCAAAGUCUUGAGAAUUUGGUUACCUUGCUGGAAACAACAGCGGUGGUUUCAACGAUUUUUCAAUAUCUUUCGGGAGCCUUGAUCUGCCGCAAAUACAUAGCCAAAAAAAGUACGGGCGAUUCAUCAGGAUUUCCAUUCAUAUGUGGUUUCUUGUCUUGUAGCUACUGGGUACAUUAUGGCAUGCUGAGCAAUGAACAUAGUGUGGUGCUUGUAAACUGUGUGGGAGUCACUUUGUUUCUAAUCUACACCCUCAUCUAUUAUGUCUUCACAGUUAAUAAAAAUGCAUAUGUUAAGCUAUUCCUAUUUGUGUUAACUGCUUUAUUUGGCAUUGUCUUCUAUAUAAACACAAUUCCUGAACCUGCUCAAGCGCAAAAUUUUAUGGGUAUUGUUUGCCUUAUCGUCACAGUAACAUUCUUCGCAGCGCCACUAGCAAAUCUUUUACAUGUGAUACGAGUUAAGAACUCGGAAAGUAUGCCUUUCCCAUUAAUAGUAAUGUCUUUUUUGGUGUCAGUUCAAUGGCUCAUCUAUGGCAUCAUAAUAUCGGAUACAUUUAUUCAGUUACCCAACUUUUUAGGCUGUGUCUUAUCGCUGGUGCAACUAGGUUUAUUUGUUUGCUAUCCCCCAAAAAGCUUCUCUGGCCAGGGCUAUAAACUAGUAGACCAAUCUGUGGUAUUUUAAACUCAAUAUACAUAUAUUUAUAUAUACAAAAUAACAGUAACAAUGUAUUUAUGUUUAAAGAAGAAAAAAAACUUGGAAGAAACGAAAAAAGAAAAACUAAGACUUAAUGCUAAAUUAUAUACAAACAUAUACAUUAAUACUGAUUUAAAUAUAAAAAUGAAUUUAUUAAGAA